CCUUUUCUUUCUAUAGGCCCUUUUUUUUUUUUUUUUUUUCCCUCUCUAUUAUUUUUGGCCAUUUAUUUUAAAUUUUAUUUUGUCCCAUCUUUUCUUCCUGACCUUUUGAACUCGUGCAAGAUGUACGAAGUUCCCUUUUUACUCUCCUCAAAUACGAAAUUGCCCCCUUUCUAUAUACCUUUCCUUCACACCUAUGCUAGAUUUUUCGCCCAUCGGUGCAGAAAGACUUAACGGGUGCAAAACAAGACAUCUGUCUACUUUGUCUGUCUGUCUGUCAGGAUACAGAGUAUAUACUCCGUGGUUUGUAUGUUAAGUAAUACGAACGAUGAAGUUGUUUAAUCCAGGAUUUCAAGUGCGAUGGAAUUUUCGGAAGAGACAUCUAUAUUUAUUUGCGUAACAUAGGGGGCAUCUGAAGUGUUACAAAAAUAUGGCAUCAGGAGGUUUGUUGUCACCCAGAGUUUCGUACAUCAUAGCUGAGCUAGAAGAUGUAGAUUCUGUUUUUGCACCAAUUAGGAAUGCAAGUCGAGUUAAGUACACGUGUUUUGAUGUAUCCCGUCACUACAUUGUAUUUGGUACAACUGCAGGUGGCAUUGUUAUAUUACAGCAUGACAGUUUAUUGUACAUAAAGACAUUAACAGCUAAGGAAGGACCUGUUUGUCAAGUUGUUUUGGCUCCAGAUGAAAACAUUAUUGGGUUUGCAACUAGUAGGGGAGUUGCUCUUGUUAUGGAGCAUAAUGCUGAACGGGGAGCCACUCAACCACAAAGGUUGCAAUUAUCUUAUGAACACAGAGGGACAUUAAUAAGUUGUAUGCAUUGGAAUAUGUCUUCUUCUAAAUUGUUUAUUGGAGAUGAUAAAGGCAAAGUGUCUGUUAUCAAUGUUUCUGUUUCAAGGACAAGGAAUUUUUUUCAAGUUCCUACAACUACACUCAUGAAAUUAGAUUCUAAAGUUGUACAGUUAGAUUUUGCCCAGGAUCAUUUACUCGUCUCUACCAUGACUAGGUGUUACCUCUGUGAUACUAACAAAGAACAAUACUUAACAAUUGGAAAGAAAUUAAGAGAUGGGGAAUAUGGAGCCUGCUUUUAUCCUGGUGUUAGAUCUGUUGAUCCUUGCACCAUUUAUGCUGCUCGACCAGGAUCAAGAAUGUGGGAGGUUGAUAUCAAAGGAAAUGUUUGCUGUACUCAUCAGUUUAAAACUGCAUUAGCCAUAAAACCAGAAAAACUAUAUACUUUCAGGAAUGAAAUUAAUAUGGAAAAUGGAACAGAUGAAUGUAAGCCUCAGGCGACAAAUUUUCAAAAGCUUCUUCUUGUUUGGCCAAGCUCUGAAGAUUGCCCUUUUAUUUUUACUUGGAGUCAACAAGGUGCUUUUGUAUUUGAUCUGAAAAAGGCAGAAGUUGUUCUUUGGAAUGAAGAUCUUAAAGGUAUAAAAGAUGCUAGAUGCCAACGAGGAGAUAUAUAUAUACAUUUCUUGGAUGGGAGAUUUGGAAAAUAUACACUAACAACAGUUGAACAAGGAAUUUGUCGAUUGUAUCAGCAAGGACUUGCGAUACAUGGGGCACAAUUACUCUUACUUAAGAAAGCAUCUUUGUGUUCAUCCAGACUAAAUCUUCAUGUUCCUGCUUCAUUUAUAAUUGAUAUGCUCCAAAAAACUUCUGAAAUGGGAAAAUCUUAUUUAUUUUCUGGUCUUACUUCUGUGUUAAAUAACCUCGGUCUUAGUCCGGAUAAGCUUUCUCAGUCCAGUCGCUCAAGUUCAGCAAUGUCUGAACCAGUACGACUUAAUUCUGGCAUAUAUGUGAUAAACAAAUUGAUGAGAGAUGCAGAUGAUGAUGCACAAUCAACUGUCUGCCUCAGUAGAUGGCGAUCAGCUUCUCCUGUUUUUAGACAUGGCAGUCGGUCCCCUCAUUCCAGUCCUUCAAGAUCUAGUGACCGUGCUUCCUACAGUUCCAAAAGCCAAAGAUCAUCUGCUACAGUAAAAGAUUCAAGUGCCAAAGUCCGAGCAUCAAGUGUCAUUAGAACACCUGAUAGCACAGAUUCUGGUACUUCUGGUCGUGUGUCAGAAAUGAGUGACGAAACUCAGAGUAGUCCUUCCAGCCGAGAUAUUCAUAGUAAAGAAACUUGGCAUUCCUGGAAUCAACUACAAAGUAAUCAAAAUGAAAAUGAAUUGAAGAAUGCUCAAGAUUUUAAUAUAAAUGGGAAAAGUUCAUUAUUGAGCAAUGCAAAUAAUGCGCUGAACAAUGGUAAGCCUAAGUCUGAUCCUGUAAAUGGCUGUUUAGAUCACAGUAAUGGUGAUGAACUGAAUAAUAAUGGGUCAAGCAUGACUCCUAGUAUAAGUCUUAAUUUGCAAGAGCUGUCCAAGCAUGGAAAUGCUGGAGAAAAAAGAGUUUCUUUUCAAAGUAAAGUUUCUACUAGCUCUGAUGAAAGUUAUUCUUUACCAAAAAUCACUACUGAUACUGUUAAUGGAUUGGACACUAAUGAAGAUGUUUUUUCCCCUCAGUAUGAAUGUCCUGAUAGCUUGUAUGAUGAGUAUAGGUAUGCAGGCAUGGCAUUAUAUGGCUCGAUGAUGAUGAUGCCCAAUCUUGAUAUGUCCAUUUUGUUUGGUACUGAUGCAGAUUUCCAAAAUAUAAAAGAAAGUCUUGCUAACAAAUUAACAAGUGGGAAAAAUAUAAUAAUGAAAAAUCUUCGUGGACUAGAGCAACGUAUUUUGCAAGAUGCAAAGCCUGAUCUUUUAGAUGUGAAAACUCAGCAUCAUGAAAAUACACAGCCUACCUCUCCCGUAUCACAUUCUGAUGCUGAACGAAGUUCAUCUGAGUUUCAUUCUGCUGACAGAAACUUUUGGUCUUUUCUACCUGCAAUAGAUUUAAUGGAACUUAUUGAAAUUACAAAAAAUACCUGGUUACUUUCAAGAGACUUAACAGUUUUAUGUGAUAAAAAUAGUAUUUCACGCAAAUUAGAGACCUGGGUGAAUUCGCUGCAUUCUGCACAAAUUGCUGUUAUUCAGUCUAUUAUAUCUUUCCUUCAGAACUAUCAUAAUACAAGUAGUCAUUCAUAUAAAGAUGAUGAUACGCUGAGAAGUACUUGCAGUCAAAUCACUAGUCAAGAGUCAUCUCCAAGUGAAAAUUAUGAAAUAAGUGAACGCUUAGAUCAAGAAGAUCCAUCAGUUUCUGAUUCUAAAUCAUGUGAUGAUGAAAAGCAUGUGGAUUCUCUACAUUCUAUAAAUGCUGAAACAUCAGAUUCAAGCACUUUAAGAACAGAAAGUGUCCUAGGAAAGUUAGUAAAUUUAGAAGAAUUAGUGUUUGUAUAUAAUCCAUUUAGACUGUCAUCAGAUGAUCAUGGUAUGAUGUCCGAAUUGGCCAUGAUGUGCUUCCAAAUGCAGAUUUGGGGUAAAAUUGAUAAAGUUAUGGAAAUGCGAUCAACAAUUUUAAAAACAAAAGAAGAACUUCUGAAAAGUAAUGAUAAAAAAAGUCAUGAAAAUUUACUUUGCUAUUCACAUGAGUUUUCAGAUUUAAAAAAUACAAUAAAGCGUUCUGAAAGUGCACACUCAUUUCAAAAGCCUGAACUAUUAGCAUGCUCAAGUUUACCAAUUCAGAAGUCUUCAUAUCAUAAUGAUCUGGAUAAGCUAAUAUUCAUACCGAAUGGGGAUAUAAACACUGAAGAAGAAUGCUCUGUUCCUAGUUCUAAUGAUUUCUCUUCUCAGUUGUAUGAUGAUUUACAGUCAUCUUCUUUUUUACAAAAUUACUUUCAUCUUUUUGAUGUACAGCGACUGAGAGAAUUAUUGAACGUUCUCAAUAAACCUUGUUAUAAAACAUGGAAUGUGAUGUUAGCUGGUGUUUCUUUAUUAAGUGGUUCCGAUGAAUUUACAAAAAAACUAGCUGCUGAUCAAAUUGAAACAGCAGCAAACUGUCUUGAAAGAAGUUUUAUUGGCCCUAUUCUUAUUUCUCAUCUUCAAAAAAUUUUUAAGGCAAGUGCUGCAAGAGCUAUAGAAUUAUGUCUGCAAAGAAGCUAUCACAUUACAUCACUUGAUGUUUUGUACUUAUCGAAAUCAUGUGAUACACAUCCAAAACCAUUCCUAGAAUAUAUUUCCCGUGUUGUAGAUUGCCUUCCAGAAACCCAAAGGUCAAAAGUGCUUGAUAAACUUCUUCAUCUUGAUGAGGUUCGUUUAGAAUGGCUGUAUGGAGUACUUCAAACUGAGAAUGACAUUAAAAAUAAAUUAAAGUGCAACUGCGGAUGGCCGAGGCCUGGAUCUCAUUUAUAUCCAUGGAAACAUUCACAGUUAAUAUUGCAUAUAUUAUCUACAACAACAAGUAUGGACAACAGGUUGAUGGAUCUGUGUUUUUCAAAUGGGUAUUGGAAAGGUUACAUCUUAUUAGCAAAGAAGAUGAAGUUAAACAAUGUUCAUAGAAAGUUAGUUAUUCAUUUGUCUGAUGUUAAUCUUUUGAGUGCCAAUGAUCAUUUAGGUUAUUUGCCAGCAAAUUCAGAAGAGUGGAAAGAAUUCUUUUCACUGUAUUCACAGUCUUGUUGUACAAAUGGAUUUGUAACAUGUUUGAUGUGCAAUAAACAACAUAAUACCUGCACAGACUUUUUCCUGUCCUCUGAUGAUUCUAAACCUUGGAAUACAACUUUACAAUGGGAAGCCAUAGCCAGGGUUGCCUUAUCCCAUUUUGACUCCAUCAAAGUAUUAGAAAUUUUGCAACAGUUAGAUAUUCCAAAUGGAGCUUUUACACCAGGGUUUCACAAAGCUAUUGUAAUGACUUUCCUAAUGGAAAAGCAGCAGAGUGCCUUAAUGCAUAGGGCUUUAACUACAGUUGGGAGUUAUUUAUGGUCCCGAAAAUUGCAGUCUCUUUCCCCAGAGGCAAGGCACACAUUACAGAAUGAAAAAGAAAAGCCUUCAACUUCUGAUUCACAGAAUUCAACGAAUGAAGAUCCCCCAAAAGCUGGUCACUAUUAUUUAGAAGAAUCAGAAGGCCACUGGGGAGUAGCAACUUGCUUAAAUACUACUUGCAAAAUAUGCAAACUGCCAUUAACUUCUCAUUUGUCAGCAUCAAAUGGUGGCAUAACUGUGUAUAGAUGUGGUCAUUCAUAUCACACUGCCUGCUCAAGUGAAGGAUUUUGCAUGGCUUGCCUUAAUUCUCAUACUGGAGAUGGAUAAGUUUCUUUGUGCCAAAUGUUGUACUUAUAAUUUCGGUUUUAAAGACUAUUAAAACUAGUACAACUGAUAAAGAUUAGUUAUUGAGUACUUGUAAUAUAUUUUGCUAUCAGUCAUCUGAAUUCUGAACUGAAGUUUCAAGUUAAAUCUACUUAGAAUGUAUAUGAAAUGUUUAUAUUUGUGAAUUUAUAGGAAUAGUGUAUAGAACAUUCAUCAUUCAUACACAUAUUGUGAUUUUCAAUCAAGGUAUCAUAGAUUACAAGAUAUAUUUAAUUUUGUAUUGUUUACAAUUUGUAUAAUGUUUAUAAAUUUAAUAUAUUUAUCUGUGAUUUAUAGCUUUGUUUAUAACUUAGUUUUUUUUUAAUAUUCCCUCCAUAUUUUAUGUUGCCAUAAUUUAAUGUUUUUCCUUUUUUUAAAAAAUUUGGCAUAAUUUAUAUCCUAGUCUGUCUCUAUAUAGCAUAACAGCAUUGAAACAAAAAUGGGUAUAAUAAUAAAAGGUUUAUAAUGUUGCUUUUCAAACAACUGUUGUUACCUGUGUUAUCAUUCCUGUGAAAAGAAUUGUUACAGAUGUUUGAUGAGAUAUUGAUGAAUGGAUAAUGAUUUUUAAUAUGUAAGAACUUAACCCCCCUGAAAAAAAAAUCUUUAAUCUUUAUGUAAUUAUUCCUAAAAUAUCCUAUUGGAAUUUAUUCACUUAAUUCAUAAUUGUUCAGCAACUUCUAGUUUAGAAAAUGUAAUAUAAUGUAUGGAAAAUCUAAUUUACAAGUAAGAUAAAUUUAUGAAUAGGAAAAUAUAUAUUGUAUUGAAGCAUUUGAAAUGAACUAGGGGAAAAAAAAAAAAAAAAAAAAAAAAGGCCAUUCUGAAAUAAGAUGCUUGUACAAUUGCAUUACAUUUUAAUUGAAUAGUUUUAUGCGUAUAUUAUGUUAAUAUACAACUGCUUUUGAGAUAUAAAUUUUUAAUUGUGCAGUUUCUUAAUGCAUUUGAUAAAAGUGAGUGCUGAACAGAUUUAAAAUUAAAUAUUUCAUCUUUUAAAUAAUGCACAUCAAUAAAAAUGUAAAUAAAAGAAAUGAAAUACCAAAAGUUAAGCAAGCUCCUGAGAUUUAAUUUAUUAGAAAACUUUGACAAUUCUUGAUAUUUAAUGUAAUUGUCCUUUAUAACAUAAAACAUCAUUUCACAGGCUGAAAAUUUUCUGAUUUUUGUAGAUAUGACCCUAAAAGUAUCAGAUUUCUCUAGUAAUGUUUUAUUAUUGCUGAUCCCAUUAGUAAUGUAGUUUUUUUCGCUUGCAUGUACUGACAGAGCAAAGUCUAAUUUUAAUGACAGAAGAUCUUUCAGAGCAGGUUUAAUAAUCUAUACAAGGGUUCAUUGCAUUUAAAAGCAUUAAGAAGAGUUUCUCAAAAGCUCACUGGGUUCUAUGCAAAUUGUCAAGCAUGAGUUUGAAGCUACAAAUUUAAAUUUCUACUUCUUACCCUGGGUCCAAUUAAGAGCAUCUGAGAUUCUAGACUCAGCAUCCCUUCAAGAAACCCCAGUUCUCAAUUCCCAUGUUUUUAUGUGAGAAAAAUAAGGUUUUGAGAAAAUAAAUGAUGAUUUGGGUUUCUUAAAAAAUGGCAUCUUGGGAUCAUACUUUAUGAGAGUAUGUCGUGAUCUUGUCUCCCUAGAUCAGGGGUUUACAGGUUUAAAGAAGUUGAGGACUUCUUUUAUGUAUCAUGCAUUUUCUCAGACCCUCUUACCAUUCAUUUGAAUGAUAUUAUAUUUUUAUAAUGAAAUGAAUGAAAAAAGUCUAAUUUAUUUUGGAAAAUUACUUAAGGAACCUCAACUAUUAACUCCUCAAAUCCUAGCGAUAUAGAGACCAUAACAUUUAGAAUCAUUGCUCUAAAGUUUUUUAAAAAAAAGAAAAAAGCAUUUAUCAAUGAAAUAUUAUAUAUUUUCAUAUACAAGCUGAAAUUUUUUAACAGAUUUUUUUACCACUUGUUUGGAGCAUUCAAGUUCAAAAUGCCUUACAAAUAAUUUGGUCAUAAAAAUGAUAUUACAAAUUAAUAAAAACAUAUUAUUUUUAUUUUGUUUGAUUCUAAUAUACAAUUAUCAGUUCAUUAACAUUGUUACCUGACUCAGAAUUUUCCAAUAAUUUUUAUGUGUUUUCUUGAGAUAAGUUUGGGUGAAUGUUAUCAUCCUUCAUUUCAUCAUUAACAUUGCUAUCUUUUCCUUCAUGAACAGUAUUAUUAUUAGUUCUUUUCAUAGCAUUCCUGAAUAAAAAUGAUAAUUUUUAAUUAAAAAUUUUAAAAAAAAAUGUAAUUUUUUGUCUUGAUCUCUGUUUUUAUAUGGUGAAUAGAAGAAACAUUUUAGUAAUAAAAGAGAAAGCUCAGUUGAGAGCAAGAAAUCUUGUGAUUGUUUAAAAUGUUUACUACUACAGAUAACCAAAGUAAAAUGCAGUAUACUGUUGCCAAAGUGUGAAAUGAUGUACAUACCCAGAAGUUGAAAAAUCGAGAAAAAAGAAAUUUUUCACACGGAAUGUGCUCUUUCAUUCUAAAGUACUCUCAUCCAUUUAUUUGAAAUGGAAAAGGAAAAUGAAUUGAUGCCUACAUUUAGCUCAUCUGAUGGGUUUGUUAAUGUUGCACAAUUAAUUAUCUGCACUUUUGGUGGUAUAUACAGAGUUAUUCAGGAAUAGUUAGCAAAAAUGUAAAAACAUAUAGAGGGGAAUAUAUAAGCAUAUUUUUUUAUGAAAUAUGUGUAGUGAAAGGUUGCACUGAGAUGUUACAGGUGCUGUUAAAGAGCAGCUUUCUGCUUGCGUAAAUCAUCAUUCUCUGUGUGAAUUUCAAAUGGUAUGCAUUAAUUACACAAUCACAGGUUUCACCAACAUGCAUUUUGUCUACAAGGCUCUAGAUGAAACUGAGCAUCUGCUUAAAAGAAGAUACCCAGGAAUUGUCCUUUGUACCCUUUUGAGUAGCUGCUUCAUUUUAAAAGCAACUCCAUAGAUAAAAUCCAUGUUGGUGAACUCCUUGUUCAUGUAGCAAUGAAUGCCACUCAGAAUUCACAUAGGAAAUGAUGAUUUGUGCCUAGGAAAUGAUGACUUGUGCCAGCAGAAUGCUUUUUUUAAUCUAUCCCUUAACAACAACAUGUAUCACCUCAACACACCAUUUUGGCACAUUCAUUUCAUUAUAAGCAAUUUUUCCGGUGCAUAAUGUGAAUAUUAGCCAGUUUCUCUUGAAAAGUCUUCCACAAUGGUAAGGUCCUCUUAAGCAGAUGUUCUAGCAUGCUUUGCCAUAAUCAAAUAAAAAAAAAAAAAAAUUGAACUAUUCUAUUACAAAAUCUGCUUAUUUUGGUCCCCUGUAAAUUUUUGGCAGAUAUUUAAUCACUCUGUAUGGCAAAAUUUAUUGAGCAGUUUAAAUUCAGUUUUUACAUGGUCUCAAGUUUUUGCAGGAAAAUCUUAGUUGCUAGUUUAUGCAUGGAUUGGCUUAUUAUUUAGAAAUACAUAGUAAUCAUUGGUGACAGAAAGUGGAUUUUUUAUUAGAAUAUAAAUUAUAAAAGGCAGUGGGUCAUUAAAAAGGAAACACCUUUCUCAAAAAUGAAAGACCUUCAUGUAAAGAAUGUGGUGUGUUUCAUGGGGUAAUCAGUUAUUUUCUGAACACAAAACCGUCAUUAAAGAGCAUUGUGGACAGUUGAGUUAAUUAAAGCAAGUUAUUGAUGAAAAAAAUUAUGCACUAACUAAUUGGUGAUGGUAUAUAACUGCUAUAACUCUUCCACCAUAUUCUUCUAAUCUAGUCGUUCAUAUUACCAUCAUCUUAAAGGCUUCUAAUACAGAACAUGAUAUCUGCAGAGUUUUCUGCUGGUUACAGAUGUAUGGGGUUGUGCAAGUUACAAUAACGAGGAGCUCCACAUUCCAAGGAACCUCCAAAUUAUUGAUUAAAUUUUUAAAAAAUUCGUAAACAUAUUCUGUGUUUUAAGAUGAGUAGCCUCAAAAGUUCAGGUAAGAGUAGCAUUCCAGUCUGUAAAUCUGCCACUGACCUCAAUCCAUUCUUUAGGCUAAAAUACAAGAUAAUUUGUCACCAGGGUAAUGAAAAUUUUAAAUUAAGAUUGGAAAUGAUCAGAAAUAAUAGUCAUUCUUUUUUUAAUUUUUGUAUUUAUUCUAAAAAAACUGCAUUACUUAUGGAAUAGUCCAAUAAUUUAUACUUAAAUGAAUUGUUGUUUUAAAGCAGAAUAUCGAUAUUGGAUUAUAAAAUAUUAAAUAGAAAAAUUUUAUAGUCAUAAAAUACCCAUUUGGUACAACUAUAGUGGGUGAGAAUUUUUCAGGAACAUGUGUUUUGCAAGAAGAAUUAUUAACUGUUUAAGGAGUGGUGAAAAAUAAUUUAUAUUUUUUUAGUUCAUAGGUAUUGUUAUAAAAGUCAAUCAUUUCUGUUUCAUUAUUUCAUUUUUAGUACAAAUCUCUAACAUUGUAAUUUCUAAAUGUGUAUUAUCUAAUUACUGUUACUUUUUACAAAUGUUGAUUUUUUUCAAAAGUAAAAUAUUAAUGUACAAAUUAUAUCAAUUUUACAAAGUUACUUUUUCAUAUUUUAAAUGACAAUGAAAAAUAUUCAUUGAACUUUCUGCUAAUCAUAGGUUAAAUAUCCUUUUACAUGUUAAAGGUUUUGGUUUUUACCUAACCUCUCAUUAAAAUUUUCUACUUCACUGAAGCACAUUAUUCUCAUCACUAGCACCAGCUUUUAUGCUAUUGCUCAAUUUCAUAGUGCCCUUGUACAAAUAUUAUGCACUGCUUCAUGGCAAAGAAUAUUCUUGAAGUUUUUGUGUAGUUAUAUAAUAGAUUAACUACUUAUUCAGAUCUUCCACCUACAACUAAUGUUUGCUUAAAAUUAAACAAAAUAAUGCAAUUGAAAUUUUACCAGAAGUUAUUUUAAACAAAUUUAUAUUAAUUUGUUGAUAGCAUUUUAUUAUGCAUGAUUGUAAUUGUUUAUUCUAAAAAUUAACUAUAUGAAUCGUAUGUACAUGAACUUAUAAAUGUUUGUAUAAAUAUCAGUGAAUCUAAAUUUUACUUCUAACAAUUGCGCAAGAAUUAGGCUUAAUAUAUGGGUUAUUCACUCAUUUUAUUUUAUAAAUGUUUUCUAUUUUAUUAUUAUGCAGCAAGACAUUUAAAAAUAUUGUUUUCAAAUAAUUGUAAAAAUAGCAUAUUUAUGAAAAUUUACAGAGCUUCUUAAAAAUAAAAUAAUUUCUACAAAGCAUAGAAGAGUAUAUAAUUUGAUCCAAAAAUAUUUAUGAUUGUGGUCAUUUAAAAUACUGUAGUAGAUUCACUAUUUGAAUGUCAAUAAAUAAUUGUGUUUCGAUCAUUUCAGAUGAAAUAGUUCUCCAAAAAUACCACUACCUUAUACUCCCCUUGCUGAAAAGAAAAUAAGGUGUAAAUUUUUCUAAAAUAUAUGCAUUGAUCAAUCUCUUUUCCUAGGUGGCUUUCUGCAUUUUUGCUUCCACCACUAACUAAAAUUAAAAUAUGUUCAAGGCGAAACGUAACCUUGCCCUGCUUUAUGGUGAAAAAUAUUCUUAUCAUCUUUAAACACUGGAUAGAAAUUGCAGUGCUUUAUCAUACCUUGUCAAUUAUUAAAUUUUGAUUUUGUGGCAAUAAAAUCACUAUUUUUGUUAAAAACUAAAUAUGUUAAAAAUUCUAAAUGAAAAAAUAAAUAAAUAAAGAGCAUUAACUUCAUGUUUCUUUUUAUUCUUUUUUGGGGGGGGGUGAUUCUUUUUGAUAGAUUUAAAAUAGUACUCACCUUAUCAAUGGGCAAACGGUUAAGGCCAGCGAAUACUGUUGGUUCCACCCGAGAUAAAACGAACUAGCUGCAUGGUUGGUUUUUGUAGUUUUCUUAUGCAUAACAUGAAGAUGCAACAGCUUCACCUAGAAAGUCCUCCACAAGGUCAUUCCUGCUUUUAGGCCAAUAGCCCUUUUGGGCUUUGCUAUAAUCACUAACCUAACCCAAAAUAGCAUAUGUAGUUCUUUCUUCAAGUACUUUCUUUGCAAAGUAACAUUUGAAAUGCCAUCACAAAGAAACAUUUCCUUAUUAUGCUAUAUAUACAGUACAUAUUAAAAUGGUAAUAAUAAUCAGGUAAAUCAAAUACAUCAGAACUAACAAAAUUGUUUUUCUAGUUUCUUUACCUAAAUGAGUCAUCUUGAGUCUUUUAUCAGUAAAAUCACAAACUCAUCAUGUCAACUUCAAUAUUCAACCCUCUUACAACUUACAAGAGAUCAGUAACACGCACCUACAAUUUUUGUACAUCACUUAGCAUAAAAUGUAAUAUGCAGAGCAGUAUUGUAAUAUUUUUGUCCAAAGCAAUUUCUAGAAAAGUUAAAAUUUGCCAGUACACCAUAAAAUAAAAAUUCAAAAUCUGUGUAAACUUUCAUCCUGAAUUGAAGUGUCUAUCUAAGCACAUGCCAUGAUUUACAUGUUGACAAAUCAUUAAAGCAGAAGCUGUAUUGGCAUAAUCAGAAAUGAAUAUGAAAUAUUUGUUGAUGUUAAAUAGCUAAAGAGAAAAUAUGAGCUUUAUUUUGGGGAAAGUCAUUAUAACUUAUAUUGAUGACAAAAAGUGAUCAUAGGUUAGCACAUAUCUCAGAUAAAUUUUCCUAAUGUAAAUUACUGAUUUUCUGCUUUUAAUCUGUCAUUCAUUAGUUUAUAUUUUUACUACUGUUCAGAAGAUACAAAAGGGCUUAAAUAUGUAAAAUAAACCAUAGUAUUCUGAAAAAAUUUACAUUUGCAUUAAGCUCGGUGACUUCUUUGUUAGCAAAAAUUGUGUUUGAUUUUUAGCAAAGCUAGCUCCAAGCAUAAAAUAUCAAGCAUAGGUGAUGUAGGCAGGUGCCUAGGGCACUUGUUUUCAAAGUCUAUCAGCUAAACAGAAAUCACAUUAUGAAGUAAAAGUAACAUUUUUGUCUUUGACAGAAAGCAACAUAUAGCAGAACAGUGUAUCUGGCACUGCUAGAUUUCCAUCCCUGUAAUAACUUACAAUUUUUAUCAUGUUAUUCUUUCAAAUUACCAUUAUCUUUCUAAUAAUUUGCCUUUCCCUUUCUAUUCGGGCAUAUGUCAUAUUUUUAUGUGAAAAAUCUACUGUUAUGUUUAUUUAUUGCUAAAAGUUUUAAUUUCUCAUAAUUGAAGCUCUGUAAAUAUAUGAUUUUAUUUUCGGGGAAUUUUUGUUAUUUAAGGUUUCAUUUUUAGUGUACAGAGAAGUGUUGUAUAAUCAAAAAAUCUAUUUUUUCCAGUGUUUGUUUAAUUAUAAGAUUAUGCUUAUCUUUAUGUAUUCUUACAAUUAAAUAUUUUUAAAAUGCCACUGUAGUAUCAUAAAAGUUUUGUUUAUGAAAUAAUGCAGCAACAUUCUUAAAUAUAUAUAUUGUCUUUCAUGUGAAUUAUCUUUUUAUGGAAAUUUAUGUUUUCAGCUAGACAUUAAACGACUAUUUUUGUAAAAGCUUGUGAUUCACAGCUUUCUAGAUCAUUAUGCACUAUGCUCUUCCUUUGUGAGUAUCUUUUUUAUAUUAUGAGCUAUAAUUAUAGAUUUCAAUGCCAAAAAAUUUCUUCUUGACUUAAUUUGAGCACAUCCCAAAAAAAAAAAAAAAAAAAAAAAAAAUUGGGGGGGGGGGUAAACUAGAUUCUAUACUUCUAAUGCAGAUUUCUUCAAAAUAUCUAGAAUAAAUAUUUUUAUUGUUUAA